UAAUUAUGAACUUUCCUAACGAUUCUUUCUACAGAUGGCUGCCGGUCUUGUCUUCACUCUGCUUCUUGGUCUGAGCUUUGGACUCUGGGAUGGAGCUGAUGCAUGUCAACUGGAAGUUGCCGACUGUGAUGAGUGCACUCCUGGUUGGGCUUGGUACGACGGUCGAUGUUUCCUGUAUGUGAAUGUCAAACAGUCCUGGGCUGAUGCAGAGAAAUUCUGCCUCUCAUUGGAAGGACAUCUGGCCUCAAUGACCAGUAGAAAUGAGUACAACUUCAUCAGAGACCUUAUCUACAAAGCAAGUGGAAAACACACACAAACUUGGGUUGGAGCUCAUGAUUCAGCACAGAAAGGGACGUGGUUUUGGAGUGAUGGUUCCAAGUUUGCGUUUGAUCAGUGGUCCUACGGUGAGCCAAACAAUUUUGGUGGAAACGAACACUGCAUGGACAUCAACUUAUUUGGACGAGACCAUGUGAAUGAUGAUGUCUGUUCCAAGGAGCUUCCCUUCAUCUGUGUCAGACCCCUGUACCCUUCUCAUGCCUUUUAAUCUGAAAUGCCCAUAUGGCUUUCCUACUGGUGAUGUCACUUCCACCUGGAUGUCAAG